AUGAUCGUACCACGUCAAUCCCGUGCCCCGACCGGUACACACCCCUUGCCCGGGUCCCCCCUUCAUAGUCACACCCCCUGCCUCCUCAUGCCAUCCGCUCCCCCCCGCCCCCACCCUCCGCGUGCCCGCUCCCUUGCCGCCUCUUUUGACCCUCCCUGCCCCCCUCGCCGUUUCCCACCGCCCGCCAUUCGCUCCUCCCCGCCCGUGCGCUCCCCUCGUUUACCUUCUCCUCCCCCCUUCCCCUCCUCUGCUGCACGCCUCUUCCUUCCCCUCGCCGACCCACUCCACUCCCUGCCCCUCCUCAAUCCGCACCCUGCCCCUCGUAUCUCGCCCCCCUAUGCUUGGUUUCUCCCCUCCCUGCCCCUCGCCGCCUUUCUCCGCUCCCCACCUCCCCCCUCUCCCUGCUCCCCCACUCUCCCCCCCUUGCCCUUGGCUUCCUACCUCCCUGCCCCACCUUUCCCCCCUCCGUGUGCUCAGCUUCUCCCCUCCCUGCCCCUCCCUCCUCCCCGCCCUGCCCCUCAUUUUCCGCCCCCCCACGCCCGGUUUCUCCCCUCCCCGCGCCUCCCUUUCUUUCUCCGUGCCUCUCCUUUGCUCCCUCCCUGCCCCCGCCUGCCCAUGCCCCUGUCUUUGGCUUCUCCCCUCCCUGCCCCACGUUUCUUCCCUCCCUGCCCCCCCUCUGCCCCUCCCUUGUUUUCCCCUCACCCAUUGCUUCUCCCCUCCCUGCCCUUGAUUUCCCGCACCCCUGCCCUUGUUUCCUACCAUCCAUGCCCCUCGUUUCCCCCCUUUGUACGUUCAGCCUCUUCCCUCCCUGCCCCUCCCCUCCUCCCCCCCUGCCCUUUGCGUUCCCCUCGCUACGCUCCCUUCUCCCCAUCCCUGCUGCCCUCUUGCCACCAUCAGCCCAUCCGCACCACCAGCCCCCCUCCCACCCUUCUCUCCCCCCCUCCCUUUCCCUCUCUCUCUCUCUCUCUCUCUCUUUCUCACACACACACGCACACUCCCCUCCCCCACCCCCCCACCCACGUCCUCCCAUUCCGCCCCUCCCUGCCCCUUUCCCACCCCCUCGCACGCCCCUCACCUCCCACCUCCGUGCAACUGGUUUCCCCCCUAUGGUGCCUCCCUUGCAUCGCUCGCCCCUCUGCUCACCCUCUGCCCGCCCCUUUUCCGUGCCCUCAGCUGGCCCAGCCCCUGCCCGUUGCUGCCCCUCCCCUUGCCCCCUCAACUCCCCUGCCCCCCGUACACCCCAGUCCCAUCCAACCGCCCCCACCCUCCCCCGGCUGCCCGUUUCCGCUCUCCACCCCCGCGACCGUGUGCGGCUUCCAACCGCCCAACGGUGGUGCGCACGGGGCGUUUCUUCGCACGGGCAAGCCUCCCCGGGGGGCCCCCACCCCGCUGAGUCGUUUCACACCCCCUGCCUCCUCAUGCCAUCCGCUCCCCCCCGCCCCCACCCUCCGCGUGCCCGCUCCCUUGCCGCCUCUUUUGACCCUCCCUGCCCCCCUCGCCGUUUCCCACCGCCCGCCAUUCGCUCCUCCCCGCCCGUGCGCUCCCCUCGUUUACCUUCUCCUCCCCCCUCCCCUCCUCUGCUGCACGCCUCUUCCUUCCCCUCGCCGACCCACUCCACUCCCUGCCCCUCCUCAAUCCGCACCCUGCCCCUCGUAUCUCGCCCCCCUAUGCUUGGUUUCUCCCCUCCCUGCCCCUCGCCGCCUUUCUCCGCUCCCCACCUCCCCCCUCUCCCUGCUCCCCCACUCUCCCCCCCUUGCCCUUGGCUUCCUACCUCCCUGCCCCACCUUUCCCCCCUCCGUGUGCUCAGCUUCUCCCCUCCCUGCCCCUCCCUCCUCCCCGCCCUGCCCCUCAUUUUCCGCCCCCCCACGCCCGGUUUCUCCCCUCCCCGCGCCUCCCUUUCUUUCUCCGUGCCUCUCCUUUGCUCCCUCCCUGCCCCCGCCUGCCCAUGCCCCUGUCUUUGGCUUCUCCCCUCCCUGCCCCACGUUUCUUCCCUCCCUGCCCCCCCUCUGCCCCUCCCUUGUUUUCCCCUCACCCAUUGCUUCUCCCCUCCCUGCCCUUGAUUUCCCGCACCCCUGCCCUUGUUUCCUACCAUCCAUGCCCCUCGUUUCCCCCCUUUGUACGUUCAGCCUCUUCCCUCCCUGCCCCUCCCCUCCUCCCCCCCUGCCCUUUGCGUUCCCCUCGUUACGCUCCCUUCUCCCCAUCCCUGCUGCCCUCUUGCCACCAUCAGCCCAUCCGCACCACCAGCCCCCCUCCCACCCUUCUCUCCCCCCCUCCCUUUCCCUCUCUCUCUCUCUCUCUCUCUCUCUCUCUCUCUUUCUCACACACACACGCACACUCCCCUCCCCCACCCCCCACCCACGUCCUCCCAUUCCGCCCCUCCCUGCCCCUUUCCCACCCCCUCGCACGCCCCUCACCUCCCACCUCCGUGCAACUGGUUUCCCCCCUAUGGUGCCUCCCUUGCAUCGCUCGCCCCGCUGCUCACCCUCUGCCCGCCCCUUUUCCGUGCCCUCAGCUGGCCCAGCCCCUGCCCGUUGCUGCCCCUCCCCUUGCCCCCUCAACUCCCCUGCCCCCCGUACACCCCAGUCCCAUCCAACCGCCCCCACCCUCCCCCGGCUGCCCGUUUCCGCUCUCCACCCCCGCGACCUCACACCCCCUGCCUCCUCAUGCCAUCCGCUCCCCCCCGCCCCCACCCUCCGCGUGCCCGCUCCCUUGCCGCCUCUUUUGACCCUCCCUGCCCCCCUCGCCGUUUCCCACCGCCCGCCAUUCGCUCCUCCCCGCCCGUGCGCUCCCCUCGUUUACCUUCUCCUCCCCCCUCCCCUCCUCUGCUGCACGCCUCUUCCUUCCCCUCGCCGACCCACUCCACUCCCUGCCCCUCCUCAAUCCGCACCCUGCCCCUCGUAUCUCGCCCCCCUAUGCUUGGUUUCUCCCCUCCCUGCCCCUCGCCGCCUUUCUCCGCUCCCCACCUCCCCCCUCUCCCUGCUCCCCCACUCUCCCCCCCUUGCCCUUGGCUUCCUACCUCCCUGCCCCACCUUUCCCCCCUCCGUGUGCUCAGCUUCUCCCCUCCCUGCCCCUCCCUCCUCCCCGCCCUGCCCCUCAUUUUCCGCCCCCCCACGCCCGGUUUCUCCCCUCCCCGCGCCUCCCUUUCUUUCUCCGUGCCUCUCCUUUGCUCCCUCCCUGCCCCCGCCUGCCCAUGCCCCUGUCUUUGGCUUCUCCCCUCCCUGCCCCACGUUUCUUCCCUCCCUGCCCCCCCUCUGCCCCUCCCUUGUUUUCCCCUCACCCAUUGCUUCUCCCCUCCCUGCCCUUGAUUUCCCGCACCCCUGCCCUUGUUUCCUACCAUCCAUGCCCCUCGUUUCCCCCCUUUGUACGUUCAGCCUCUUCCCUCCCUGCCCCUCCCCUCCUCCCCCCCUGCCCUUUGCGUUCCCCUCGUUACGCUCCCUUCUCCCCAUCCCUGCUGCCCUCUUGCCACCAUCAGCCCAUCCGCACCACCAGCCCCCCUCCCACCCUUCUCUCCCCCCUCCCUUCCCUCUCUCUCUCUCUCUCUCUCUCUCUCUCUCUCUCUCUCUCUUUCUCACACACACACGCACACUCCCCUCCCCCACCCCCCACCCACGUCCUCCCAUUCCGCCCCUCCCUGCCCCUUUCCCACCCCCUCGCACGCCCCUCACCUCCCACCUCCGUGCAACUGGUUUCCCCCCUAUGGUGCCUCCCUUGCAUCGCUCGCCCCGCUGCUCACCCUCUGCCCGCCCCUUUUCCGUGCCCUCAGCUGGCCCAGCCCCUGCCCGUUGCUGCCCCUCCCCUUGCCCCCUCAACUCCCCUGCCCCCCGUACACCCCAGUCCCAUCCAACCGCCCCCACCCUCCCCCGGCUGCCCGUUUCCGCUCUCCACCCCCGCGACCUCACACCCCCUGCCUCCUCAUGCCAUCCGCUCCCCCCCGCCCCCACCCUCCGCGUGCCCGCUCCCUUGCCGCCUCUUUUGACCCUCCCUGCCCCCCUCGCCGUUUCCCACCGCCCGCCAUUCGCUCCUCCCCGCCCGUGCGCUCCCCUCGUUUACCUUCUCCUCCCCCCUCCCCUCCUCUGCUGCACGCCUCUUCCUUCCCCUCGCCGACCCACUCCACUCCCUGCCCCUCCUCAAUCCGCACCCUGCCCCUCGUAUCUCGCCCCCCUAUGCUUGGUUUCUCCCCUCCCUGCCCCUCGCCGCCUUUCUCCGCUCCCCACCUCCCCCCUCUCCCUGCUCCCCCACUCUCCCCCCCUUGCCCUUGGCUUCCUACCUCCCUGCCCCACCUUUCCCCCCUCCGUGUGCUCAGCUUCUCCCCUCCCUGCCCCUCCCUCCUCCCCGCCCUGCCCCUCAUUUUCCGCCCCCCCACGCCCGGUUUCUCCCCUCCCCGCGCCUCCCUUUCUUUCUCCGUGCCUCUCCUUUGCUCCCUCCCUGCCCCCGCCUGCCCAUGCCCCUGUCUUUGGCUUCUCCCCUCCCUGCCCCACGUUUCUUCCCUCCCUGCCCCCCCUCUGCCCCUCCCUUGUUUUCCCCUCACCCAUUGCUUCUCCCCUCCCUGCCCUUGAUUUCCCGCACCCCUGCCCUUGUUUCCUACCAUCCAUGCCCCUCGUUUCCCCCCUUUGUACGUUCAGCCUCUUCCCUCCCUGCCCCUCCCCUCCUCCCCCCCUGCCCUUUGCGUUCCCCUCGUUACGCUCCCUUCUCCCCAUCCCUGCUGCCCUCUUGCCACCAUCAGCCCAUCCGCACCACCAGCCCCCCUCCCACCCUUCUCUCCCCCCUCCCUUUCCCUCUCUCUCUCUCUCUCUCUCUCUCUCUCUCUCUUUCUCACACACACACGCACACUCCCCUCCCCCACCCCCCACCCACGUCCUCCCAUUCCGCCCCUCCCUGCCCCUUUCCCACCCCCUCGCACGCCCCUCACCUCCCACCUCCGUGCAACUGGUUUCCCCCCUAUGGUGCCUCCCUUGCAUCGCUCGCCCCGCUGCUCACCCUCUGCCCGCCCCUUUUCCGUGCCCUCAGCUGGCCCAGCCCCUGCCCGUUGCUGCCCCUCCCCUUGCCCCCUCAACUCCCCUGCCCCCCGUACACCCCAGUCCCAUCCAACCGCCCCCACCCUCCCCCGGCUGCCCGUUUCCGCUCUCCACCCCCGCGACCGUGUGCGGCUUCCAACCGCCCAACGGUGGUGCGCACGGGGCGUUUCUUCGCACGGGCAAGCCUCCCCGGGGGGCCCCCACCCCGCUGAGUCGUUUCACACCCCCUGCCUCCUCAUGCCAUCCGCUCCCCCCCGCCCCCACCCUCCGCGUGCCCGCUCCCUUGCCGCCUCUUUUGACCCUCCCUGCCCCCCUCGCCGUUUCCCACCGCCCGCCAUUCGCUCCUCCCCGCCCGUGCGCUCCCCUCGUUUACCUUCUCCUCCCCCCUCCCCUCCUCUGCUGCACGCCUCUUCCUUCCCCUCGCCGACCCACUCCACUCCCUGCCCCUCCUCAAUCCGCACCCUGCCCCUCGUAUCUCGCCCCCCUAUGCUUGGUUUCUCCCCUCCCUGCCCCUCGCCGCCUUUCUCCGCUCCCCACCUCCCCCCUCUCCCUGCUCCCCCACUCUCCCCCCCUUGCCCUUGGCUUCCUACCUCCCUGCCCCACCUUUCCCCCCUCCGUGUGCUCAGCUUCUCCCCUCCCUGCCCCUCCCUCCUCCCCGCCCUGCCCCUCAUUUUCCGCCCCCCCACGCCCGGUUUCUCCCCUCCCCGCGCCUCCCUUUCUUUCUCCGUGCCUCUCCUUUGCUCCCUCCCUGCCCCCGCCUGCCCAUGCCCCUGUCUUUGGCUUCUCCCCUCCCUGCCCCACGUUUCUUCCCUCCCUGCCCCCCCUCUGCCCCUCCCUUGUUUUCCCCUCACCCAUUGCUUCUCCCCUCCCUGCCCUUGAUUUCCCGCACCCCUGCCCUUGUUUCCUACCAUCCAUGCCCCUCGUUUCCCCCCUUUGUACGUUCAGCCUCUUCCCUCCCUGCCCCUCCCCUCCUCCCCCCCUGCCCUUUGCGUUCCCCUCGCUACGCUCCCUUCUCCCCAUCCCUGCUGCCCUCUUGCCACCAUCAGCCCAUCCGCACCACCAGCCCCCCUCCCACCCUUCUCUCCCCCCCUCCCUUUCCCUCUCUCUCUCUCUCUCUCUCUCUCUCUCUCUUUCUCACACACACACGCACACUCCCCUCCCCCACCCCCCACCCACGUCCUCCCAUUCCGCCCCUCCCUGCCCCUUUCCCACCCCCUCGCACGCCCCUCACCUCCCACCUCCGUGCAACUGGUUUCCCCCCUAUGGUGCCUCCCUUGCAUCGCUCGCCCCUCUGCUCACCCUCUGCCCGCCCCUUUUCCGUGCCCUCAGCUGGCCCAGCCCCUGCCCGUUGCUGCCCCUCCCCGUUGCCCCCUCAACUCCCCUGCCCCCCGUACACCCCAGUCCCAUCCAACCGCCCCCACCCUCCCCCGGCUGCCCGUUUCCGCUCUCCACCCCCGCGACCGUGUGCGGCUUCCAACCGCCCAACGGUGGUGCGCACGGGGCGUUUCUUCGCACGGGCAAGCCUCCCCGGGGGGCCCCCACCCCGCUGAGUCGUUUCACACCCCCUGCCUCCUCAUGCCAUCCGCUCCCCCCCGCCCCCACCCUCCGCGUGCCCGCUCCCUUGCCGCCUCUUUUGACCCUCCCUGCCCCCCUCGCCGUUUCCCACCGCCCGCCAUUCGCUCCUCCCCGCCCGUGCGCUCCCCUCGUUUACCUUCUCCUCCCCCCUUCCCUCCUCUGCUGCACGCCUCUUCCUUCCCCUCGCCGACCCACUCCACUCCCUGCCCCUCCUCAAUCCGCACCCUGCCCCUCGUAUCUCGCCCCCCUAUGCUUGGUUUCUCCCCUCCCUGCCCCUCGCCGCCUUUCUCCGCUCCCCACCUCCCCCCUCUCCCUGCUCCCCCACUCUCCCCCCCUUGCCCUUGGCUUCCUACCUCCCUGCCCCACCUUUCCCCCCUCCGUGUGCUCAGCUUCUCCCCUCCCUGCCCCUCCCUCCUCCCCGCCCUGCCCCUCAUUUUCCGCCCCCCCACGCCCGGUUUCUCCCCUCCCCGCGCCUCCCUUUCUUUCUCCGUGCCUCUCCUUUGCUCCCUCCCUGCCCCCGCCUGCCCAUGCCCCUGUCUUUGGCUUCUCCCCUCCCUGCCCCACGUUUCUUCCCUCCCUGCCCCCCCUCUGCCCCUCCCUUGUUUUCCCCUCACCCAUUGCUUCUCCCCUCCCUGCCCUUGAUUUCCCGCACCCCUGCCCUUGUUUCCUACCAUCCAUGCCCCUCGUUUCCCCCCUUUGUACGUUCAGCCUCUUCCCUCCCUGCCCCUCCCCUCCUCCCCCCCUGCCCUUUGCGUUCCCCUCGCUACGCUCCCUUCUCCCCAUCCCUGCUGCCCUCUUGCCACCAUCAGCCCAUCCGCACCACCAGCCCCCCUCCCACCCUUCUCUCCCCCCCUCCCUUUCCCUCUCUCUCUCUCUCUCUCUCUCUCUUUCUCACACACACACGCACACUCCCCUCCCCCACCCCCCACCCACGUCCUCCCAUUCCGCCCCUCCCUGCCCCUUUCCCACCCCCUCGCACGCCCCUCACCUCCCACCUCCGUGCAACUGGUUUCCCCCCUAUGGUGCCUCCCUUGCAUCGCUCGCCCCGCUGCUCACCCUCUGCCCGCCCCUUUUCCGUGCCCUCAGCUGGCCCAGCCCCUGCCCGUUGCUGCCCCUCCCCUUGCCCCCUCAACUCCCCUGCCCCCCGUACACCCCAGUCCCAUCCAACCGCCCCCACCCUCCCCCGGCUGCCCGUUUCCGCUCUCCACCCCCGCGACCGUUCACACCCCCUGCCUCCUCAUGCCAUCCGCUCCCCCCCGCCCCCACCCUCCGCGUGCCCGCUCCCUUGCCGCCUCUUUUGACCCUCCCUGCCCCCCUCGCCGUUUCCCACCGCCCGCCAUUCGCUCCUCCCCGCCCGUGCGCUCCCCUCGUUUACCUUCUCCUCCCCCCUCCCCUCCUCUGCUGCACGCCUCUUCCUUCCCCUCGCCGACCCACUCCACUCCCUGCCCCUCCUCAAUCCGCACCCUGCCCCUCGUAUCUCGCCCCCCUAUGCUUGGUUUCUCCCCUCCCUGCCCCUCGCCGCCUUUCUCCGCUCCCCACCUCCCCCCUCUCCCUGCUCCCCCACUCUCCCCCCCUUGCCCUUGGCUUCCUACCUCCCUGCCCCACCUUUCCCCCCUCCGUGUGCUCAGCUUCUCCCCUCCCUGCCCCUCCCUCCUCCCCGCCCUGCCCCUCAUUUUCCGCCCCCCCACGCCCGGUUUCUCCCCUCCCCGCGCCUCCCUUUCUUUCUCCGUGCCUCUCCUUUGCUCCCUCCCUGCCCCCGCCUGCCCAUGCCCCUGUCUUUGGCUUCUCCCCUCCCUGCCCCACGUUUCUUCCCUCCCUGCCCCCCCUCUGCCCCUCCCUUGUUUUCCCCUCACCCAUUGCUUCUCCCCUCCCUGCCCUUGAUUUCCCGCACCCCUGCCCUUGUUUCCUACCAUCCAUGCCCCUCGUUUCCCCCCUUUGUACGUUCAGCCUCUUCCCUCCCUGCCCCUCCCCUCCUCCCCCCCUGCCCUUUGCGUUCCCCUCGUUACGCUCCCUUCUCCCCAUCCCUGCUGCCCUCUUGCCACCAUCAGCCCAUCCGCACCACCAGCCCCCCUCCCACCCUUCUCUCCCCCCUCCUUCCCUCUCUCUCUCUCUCUCUCUCUCUCUCUCUCUCUCUCUCUCUCUCUCUCUUUCUCACACACACACGCACACUCCCCUCCCCCACCCCCCACCCACGUCCUCCCAUUCCGCCCCUCCCUGCCCCUUUCCCACCCCCUCGCACGCCCCUCACCUCCCACCUCCGUGCAACUGGUUUCCCCCCUAUGGUGCCUCCCUUGCAUCGCUCGCCCCGCUGCUCACCCUCUGCCCGCCCCUUUUCCGUGCCCUCAGCUGGCCCAGCCCCUGCCCGUUGCUGCCCCUCCCCUUGCCCCCUCAACUCCCCUGCCCCCCGUACACCCCAGUCCCAUCCAACCGCCCCCACCCUCCCCCGGCUGCCCGUUUCCGCUCUCCACCCCCGCGACCGUUCACACCCCCUGCCUCCUCAUGCCAUCCGCUCCCCCCCGCCCCCACCCUCCGCGUGCCCGCUCCCUUGCCGCCUCUUUUGACCCUCCCUGCCCCCCUCGCCGUUUCCCACCGCCCGCCAUUCGCUCCUCCCCGCCCGUGCGCUCCCCUCGUUUACCUUCUCCUCCCCCCUCCCCUCCUCUGCUGCACGCCUCUUCCUUCCCCUCGCCGACCCACUCCACUCCCUGCCCCUCCUCAAUCCGCACCCUGCCCCUCGUAUCUCGCCCCCCUAUGCUUGGUUUCUCCCCUCCCUGCCCCUCGCCGCCUUUCUCCGCUCCCCACCUCCCCCCUCUCCCUGCUCCCCCACUCUCCCCCCCUUGCCCUUGGCUUCCUACCUCCCUGCCCCACCUUUCCCCCCUCCGUGUGCUCAGCUUCUCCCCUCCCUGCCCCUCCCUCCUCCCCGCCCUGCCCCUCAUUUUCCGCCCCCCCACGCCCGGUUUCUCCCCUCCCCGCGCCUCCCUUUCUUUCUCCGUGCCUCUCCUUUGCUCCCUCCCUGCCCCCGCCUGCCCAUGCCCCUGUCUUUGGCUUCUCCCCUCCCUGCCCCACGUUUCUUCCCUCCCUGCCCCCCCUCUGCCCCUCCCUUGUUUUCCCCUCACCCAUUGCUUCUCCCCUCCCUGCCCUUGAUUUCCCGCACCCCUGCCCUUGUUUCCUACCAUCCAUGCCCCUCGUUUCCCCCCUUUGUACGUUCAGCCUCUUCCCUCCCUGCCCCUCCCCUCCUCCCCCCCUGCCCUUUGCGUUCCCCUCGCUACGCUCCCUUCUCCCCAUCCCUGCUGCCCUCUUGCCACCAUCAGCCCAUCCGCACCACCAGCCCCCCUCCCACCCUUCUCUCCCCCCCUCCCUUUCCCUCUCUCUCUCUCUCUCUCUCUCUCUCUCUCUCUUUCUCACACACACACGCACACUCCCCUCCCCCACCCCCCACCCACGUCCUCCCAUUCCGCCCCUCCCUGCCCCUUUCCCACCCCCUCGCACGCCCCUCACCUCCCACCUCCGUGCAACUGGUUUCCCCCCUAUGGUGCCUCCCUUGCAUCGCUCGCCCCGCUGCUCACCCUCUGCCCGCCCCUUUUCCGUGCCCUCAGCUGGCCCAGCCCCUGCCCGUUGCUGCCCCUCCCCUUGCCCCCUCAACUCCCCUGCCCCCCGUACACCCCAGUCCCAUCCAACCGCCCCCACCCUCCCCCGGCUGCCCGUUUCCGCUCUCCACCCCCGCGACCGUGUGCGGCUUCCAACCGCCCAACGGUGUCACACCCCCUGCCUCCUCAUGCCAUCCGCUCCCCCCCGCCCCCACCCUCCGCGUGCCCGCUCCCUUGCCGCCUCUUUUGACCCUCCCUGCCCCCCUCGCCGUUUCCCACCGCCCGCCAUUCGCUCCUCCCCGCCCGUGCGCUCCCCUCGUUUACCUUCUCCUCCCCCCUUCCCCUCCUCUGCUGCACGCCUCUUCCUUCCCCUCGCCGACCCACUCCACUCCCUGCCCCUCCUCAAUCCGCACCCUGCCCCUCGUAUCUCGCCCCCCUAUGCUUGGUUUCUCCCCUCCCUGCCCCUCGCCGCCUUUCUCCGCUCCCCACCUCCCCCCUCUCCCUGCUCCCCCACUCUCCCCCCCUUGCCCUUGGCUUCCUACCUCCCUGCCCCACCUUUCCCCCCUCCGUGUGCUCAGCUUCUCCCCUCCCUGCCCCUCCCUCCUCCCCGCCCUGCCCCUCAUUUUCCGCCCCCCCACGCCCGGUUUCUCCCCUCCCCGCGCCUCCCUUUCUUUCUCCGUGCCUCUCCUUUGCUCCCUCCCUGCCCCCGCCUGCCCAUGCCCCUGUCUUUGGCUUCUCCCCUCCCUGCCCCACGUUUCUUCCCUCCCUGCCCCCCCUCUGCCCCUCCCUUGUUUUCCCCUCACCCAUUGCUUCUCCCCUCCCUGCCCUUGAUUUCCCGCACCCCUGCCCUUGUUUCCUACCAUCCAUGCCCCUCGUUUCCCCCCUUUGUACGUUCAGCCUCUUCCCUCCCUGCCCCUCCCCUCCUCCCCCCCUGCCCUUUGCGUUCCCCUCGCUACGCUCCCUUCUCCCCAUCCCUGCUGCCCUCUUGCCACCAUCAGCCCAUCCGCACCACCAGCCCCCCUCCCACCCUUCUCUCCCCCCCUCCCUUUCCCUCUCUCUCUCUCUCUCUCUCUCUCUCUUUCUCACACACACACGCACACUCCCCUCCCCCACCCCCCACCCACGUCCUCCCAUUCCGCCCCUCCCUGCCCCUUUCCCACCCCCUCGCACGCCCCUCACCUCCCACCUCCGUGCAACUGGUUUCCCCCCUAUGGUGCCUCCCUUGCAUCGCUCGCCCCUCUGCUCACCCUCUGCCCGCCCCUUUUCCGUGCCCUCAGCUGGCCCAGCCCCUGCCCGUUGCUGCCCCUCCCCUUGCCCCCUCAACUCCCCUGCUCCCCGUACACCCCAGUCCCAUCCAACCGCCCCCACCCUCCCCCGGCUGCCCGUUUCCGCUCUCCACCCCCGCGACCGUGUGCGGCUUCCAACCGCCCAACGGUGGUGCGCACGGGGCGUUUCUUCGCACGGGCAAGCCUCCCCGGGGGGCCCCCACCCCGCUGAGUCGUUUCACACCCCCUGCCUCCUCAUGCCAUCCGCUCCCCCCCGCCCCCACCCUCCGCGUGCCCGCUCCCUUGCCGCCUCUUUUGACCCUCCCUGCCCCCCUCGCCGUUUCCCACCGCCCGCCAUUCGCUCCUCCCCGCCCGUGCGCUCCCCUCGUUUACCUUCUCCUCCCCCCUUCCCUCCUCUGCUGCACGCCUCUUCCUUCCCCUCGCCGACCCACUCCACUCCCUGCCCCUCCUCAAUCCGCACCCUGCCCCUCGUAUCUCGCCCCCCUAUGCUUGGUUUCUCCCCUCCCUGCCCCUCGCCGCCUUUCUCCGCUCCCCACCUCCCCCCUCUCCCUGCUCCCCCACUCUCCCCCCCUUGCCCUUGGCUUCCUACCUCCCUGCCCCACCUUUCCCCCCUCCGUGUGCUCAGCUUCUCCCCUCCCUGCCCCUCCCUCCUCCCCGCCCUGCCCCUCAUUUUCCGCCCCCCCACGCCCGGUUUCUCCCCUCCCCGCGCCUCCCUUUCUUUCUCCGUGCCUCUCCUUUGCUCCCUCCCUGCCCCCGCCUGCCCAUGCCCCUGUCUUUGGCUUCUCCCCUCCCUGCCCCACGUUUCUUCCCUCCCUGCCCCCCCUCUGCCCCUCCCUUGUUUUCCCCUCACCCAUUGCUUCUCCCCUCCCUGCCCUUGAUUUCCCGCACCCCUGCCCUUGUUUCCUACCAUCCAUGCCCCUCGUUUCCCCCCUUUGUACGUUCAGCCUCUUCCCUCCCUGCCCCUCCCCUCCUCCCCCCCUGCCCUUUGCGUUCCCCUCGCUACGCUCCCUUCUCCCCAUCCCUGCUGCCCUCUUGCCACCAUCAGCCCAUCCGCACCACCAGCCCCCCUCCCACCCUUCUCUCCCCCCCUCCCUUUCCCUCUCUCUCUCUCUCUCUCUCUCUUUCUCACACACACACGCACACUCCCCUCCCCCACCCCCCACCCACGUCCUCCCAUUCCGCCCCUCCCUGCCCCUUUCCCACCCCCUCGCACGCCCCUCACCUCCCACCUCCGUGCAACUGGUUUCCCCCCUAUGGUGCCUCCCUUGCAUCGCUCGCCCCGCUGCUCACCCUCUGCCCGCCCCUUUUCCGUGCCCUCAGCUGGCCCAGCCCCUGCCCGUUGCUGCCCCUCCCCGUUGCCCCCUCAACUCCCCUGCCCCCCGUACACCCCAGUCCCAUCCAACCGCCCCCACCCUCCCCCGGCUGCCCGUUUCCGCUCUCCACCCCCGCGACCUCACACCCCCUGCCUCCUCAUGCCAUCCGCUCCCCCCCGCCCCCACCCUCCGCGUGCCCGCUCCCUUGCCGCCUCUUUUGACCCUCCCUGCCCCCCUCGCCGUUUCCCACCGCCCGCCAUUCGCUCCUCCCCGCCCGUGCGCUCCCCUCGUUUACCUUCUCCUCCCCCCUUCCCUCCUCUGCUGCACGCCUCUUCCUUCCCCUCGCCGACCCACUCCACUCCCUGCCCCUCCUCAAUCCGCACCCUGCCCCUCGUAUCUCGCCCCCCUAUGCUUGGUUUCUCCCCUCCCUGCCCCUCGCCGCCUUUCUCCGCUCCCCACCUCCCCCCUCUCCCUGCUCCCCCACUCUCCCCCCCUUGCCCUUGGCUUCCUACCUCCCUGCCCCACCUUUCCCCCCUCCGUGUGCUCAGCUUCUCCCCUCCCUGCCCCUCCCUCCUCCCCGCCCUGCCCCUCAUUUUCCGCCCCCCCACGCCCGGUUUCUCCCCUCCCCGCGCCUCCCUUUCUUUCUCCGUGCCUCUCCUUUGCUCCCUCCCUGCCCCCGCCUGCCCAUGCCCCUGUCUUUGGCUUCUCCCCUCCCUGCCCCACGUUUCUUCCCUCCCUGCCCCCCCUCUGCCCCUCCCUUGUUUUCCCCUCACCCAUUGCUUCUCCCCUCCCUGCCCUUGAUUUCCCGCACCCCUGCCCUUGUUUCCUACCAUCCAUGCCCCUCGUUUCCCCCCUUUGUACGUUCAGCCUCUUCCCUCCCUGCCCCUCCCCUCCUCCCCCCCUGCCCUUUGCGUUCCCCUCGCUACGCUCCCUUCUCCCCAUCCCUGCUGCCCUCUUGCCACCAUCAGCCCAUCCGCACCACCAGCCCCCCUCCCACCCUUCUCUCCCCCCCUCCCUUCCUCUCUCUCUCUCUCUCUCUCUCUCUCUCUCUCUCUUUCUCACACACACACGCACACUCCCCUCCCCCACCCCCCACCCACGUCCUCCCAUUCCGCCCCUCCCUGCCCCUUUCCCACCCCCUCGCACGCCCCUCACCUCCCACCUCCGUGCAACUGGUUUCCCCCCUAUGGUGCCUCCCUUGCAUCGCUCGCCCCGCUGCUCACCCUCUGCCCGCCCCUUUUCCGUGCCCUCAGCUGGCCCAGCCCCUGCCCGUUGCUGCCCCUCCCCUUGCCCCCUCAACUCCCCUGCCCCCCGUACACCCCAGUCCCAUCCAACCGCCCCCACCCUCCCCCGGCUGCCCGUUUCCGCUCUCCACCCCCGCGACCUCACACCCCCUGCCUCCUCAUGCCAUCCGCUCCCCCCCGCCCCCACCCUCCGCGUGCCCGCUCCCUUGCCGCCUCUUUUGACCCUCCCUGCCCCCCUCGCCGUUUCCCACCGCCCGCCAUUCGCUCCUCCCCGCCCGUGCGCUCCCCUCGUUUACCUUCUCCUCCCCCCUCCCCUCCUCUGCUGCACGCCUCUUCCUUCCCCUCGCCGACCCACUCCACUCCCUGCCCCUCCUCAAUCCGCACCCUGCCCCUCGUAUCUCGCCCCCCUAUGCUUGGUUUCUCCCCUCCCUGCCCCUCGCCGCCUUUCUCCGCUCCCCACCUCCCCCCUCUCCCUGCUCCCCCACUCUCCCCCCCUUGCCCUUGGCUUCCUACCUCCCUGCCCCACCUUUCCCCCCUCCGUGUGCUCAGCUUCUCCCCUCCCUGCCCCUCCCUCCUCCCCGCCCUGCCCCUCAUUUUCCGCCCCCCCACGCCCGGUUUCUCCCCUCCCCGCGCCUCCCUUUCUUUCUCCGUGCCUCUCCUUUGCUCCCUCCCUGCCCCCGCCUGCCCAUGCCCCUGUCUUUGGCUUCUCCCCUCCCUGCCCCACGUUUCUUCCCUCCCUGCCCCCCCUCUGCCCCUCCCUUGUUUUCCCCUCACCCAUUGCUUCUCCCCUCCCUGCCCUUGAUUUCCCGCACCCCUGCCCUUGUUUCCUACCAUCCAUGCCCCUCGUUUCCCCCCUUUGUACGUUCAGCCUCUUCCCUCCCUGCCCCUCCCCUCCUCCCCCCCUGCCCUUUGCGUUCCCCUCGUUACGCUCCCUUCUCCCCAUCCCUGCUGCCCUCUUGCCACCAUCAGCCCAUCCGCACCACCAGCCCCCCUCCCACCCUUCUCUCCCCCCUCCCUUCCCUCUCUCUCUCUCUCUCUCUCUCUCUCUCUCUCUCUCUUUCUCACACACACACGCACACUCCCCUCCCCCACCCCCCACCCACGUCCUCCCAUUCCGCCCCUCCCUGCCCCUUUCCCACCCCCUCGCACGCCCCUCACCUCCCACCUCCGUGCAACUGGUUUCCCCCCUAUGGUGCCUCCCUUGCAUCGCUCGCCCCGCUGCUCACCCUCUGCCCGCCCCUUUUCCGUGCCCUCAGCUGGCCCAGCCCCUGCCCGUUGCUGCCCCUCCCCUUGCCCCCUCAACUCCCCUGCCCCCCGUACACCCCAGUCCCAUCCAACCGCCCCCACCCUCCCCCGGCUGCCCGUUUCCGCUCUCCACCCCCGCGACCGUUCACACCCCCUGCCUCCUCAUGCCAUCCGCUCCCCCCCGCCCCCACCCUCCGCGUGCCCGCUCCCUUGCCGCCUCUUUUGACCCUCCCUGCCCCCCUCGCCGUUUCCCACCGCCCGCCAUUCGCUCCUCCCCGCCCGUGCGCUCCCCUCGUUUACCUUCUCCUCCCCCCUUCCCCUCCUCUGCUGCACGCCUCUUCCUUCCCCUCGCCGACCCACUCCACUCCCUGCCCCUCCUCAAUCCGCACCCUGCCCCUCGUAUCUCGCCCCCCUAUGCUUGGUUUCUCCCCUCCCUGCCCCUCGCCGCCUUUCUCCGCUCCCCACCUCCCCCCUCUCCCUGCUCCCCCACUCUCCCCCCCUUGCCCUUGGCUUCCUACCUCCCUGCCCCACCUUUCCCCCCUCCGUGUGCUCAGCUUCUCCCCUCCCUGCCCCUCCCUCCUCCCCGCCCUGCCCCUCAUUUUCCGCCCCCCCACGCCCGGUUUCUCCCCUCCCCGCGCCUCCCUUUCUUUCUCCGUGCCUCUCCUUUGCUCCCUCCCUGCCCCCGCCUGCCCAUGCCCCUGUCUUUGGCUUCUCCCCUCCCUGCCCCACGUUUCUUCCCUCCCUGCCCCCCCUCUGCCCCUCCCUUGUUUUCCCCUCACCCAUUGCUUCUCCCCUCCCUGCCCUUGAUUUCCCGCACCCCUGCCCUUGUUUCCUACCAUCCAUGCCCCUCGUUUCCCCCCUUUGUACGUUCAGCCUCUUCCCUCCCUGCCCCUCCCCUCCUCCCCCCCUGCCCUUUGCGUUCCCCUCGCUACGCUCCCUUCUCCCCAUCCCUGCUGCCCUCUUGCCACCAUCAGCCCAUCCGCACCACCAGCCCCCCUCCCACCCUUCUCUCCCCCCCUCCCUUUCCCUCUCUCUCUCUCUCUCUCUCUCUCUCUCUUUCUCACACACACACGCACACUCCCCUCCCCCACCCCCCACCCACGUCCUCCCAUUCCGCCCCUCCCUGCCCCUUUCCCACCCCCUCGCACGCCCCUCACCUCCCACCUCCGUGCAACUGGUUUCCCCCCUAUGGUGCCUCCCUUGCAUCGCUCGCCCCGCUGCUCACCCUCUGCCCGCCCCUUUUCCGUGCCCUCAGCUGGCCCAGCCCCUGCCCGUUGCUGCCCCUCCCCUUGCCCCCUCAACUCCCCUGCCCCCGUACACCCCAGUCCCAUCCAACCGCCCCCACCCUCCCCCGGCUGCCCGUUUCCGCUCUCCACCCCCGCGACCGUGUGCGGCUUCCAACCGCCCAACGGUGUCACACCCCCUGCCUCCUCAUGCCAUCCGCUCCCCCCCGCCCCCACCCUCCGCGUGCCCGCUCCCUUGCCGCCUCUUUUGACCCUCCCUGCCCCCCUCGCCGUUUCCCACCGCCCGCCAUUCGCUCCUCCCCGCCCGUGCGCUCCCCUCGUUUACCUUCUCCUCCCCCCUUCCCCUCCUCUGCUGCACGCCUCUUCCUUCCCCUCGCCGACCCACUCCACUCCCUGCCCCUCCUCAAUCCGCACCCUGCCCCUCGUAUCUCGCCCCCCUAUGCUUGGUUUCUCCCCUCCCUGCCCCUCGCCGCCUUUCUCCGCUCCCCACCUCCCCCCUCUCCCUGCUCCCCCACUCUCCCCCCCUUGCCCUUGGCUUCCUACCUCCCUGCCCCACCUUUCCCCCCUCCGUGUGCUCAGCUUCUCCCCUCCCUGCCCCUCCCUCCUCCCCGCCCUGCCCCUCAUUUUCCGCCCCCCCACGCCCGGUUUCUCCCCUCCCCGCGCCUCCCUUUCUUUCUCCGUGCCUCUCCUUUGCUCCCUCCCUGCCCCCGCCUGCCCAUGCCCCUGUCUUUGGCUUCUCCCCUCCCUGCCCCACGUUUCUUCCCUCCCUGCCCCCCCUCUGCCCCUCCCUUGUUUUCCCCUCACCCAUUGCUUCUCCCCUCCCUGCCCUUGAUUUCCCGCACCCCUGCCCUUGUUUCCUACCAUCCAUGCCCCUCGUUUCCCCCCUUUGUACGUUCAGCCUCUUCCCUCCCUGCCCCUCCCCUCCUCCCCCCCUGCCCUUUGCGUUCCCCUCGCUACGCUCCCUUCUCCCCAUCCCUGCUGCCCUCUUGCCACCAUCAGCCCAUCCGCACCACCAGCCCCCCUCCCACCCUUCUCUCCCCCCCUCCCUUUCCCUCUCUCUCUCUCUCUCUCUCUCUCUCUUUCUCACACACACACGCACACUCCCCUCCCCCACCCCCCACCCACGUCCUCCCAUUCCGCCCCUCCCUGCCCCUUUCCCACCCCCUCGCACGCCCCUCACCUCCCACCUCCGUGCAACUGGUUUCCCCCCUAUGGUGCCUCCCUUGCAUCGCUCGCCCCGCUGCUCACCCUCUGCCCGCCCCUUUUCCGUGCCCUCAGCUGGCCCAGCCCCUGCCCGUUGCUGCCCCUCCCCUUGCCCCCUCAACUCCCCUGCCCCCCGUACACCCCAGUCCCAUCCAACCGCCCCCACCCUCCCCCGGCUGCCCGUUUCCGCUCUCCACCCCCGCGACCGUGUGCGGCUUCCAACCGCCCAACGGUGGUGCGCACGGGGCGUUUCUUCGCACGGGCAAGCCUCCCCGGGGGGCCCCCACCCCGCUGAGUCGUUUCACACCCCCUGCCUCCUCAUGCCAUCCGCUCCCCCCCGCCCCCACCCUCCGCGUGCCCGCUCCCUUGCCGCCUCUUUUGACCCUCCCUGCCCCCCUCGCCGUUUCCCACCGCCCGCCAUUCGCUCCUCCCCGCCCGUGCGCUCCCCUCGUUUACCUUCUCCUCCCCCCUCCCCUCCUCUGCUGCACGCCUCUUCCUUCCCCUCGCCGACCCACUCCACUCCCUGCCCCUCCUCAAUCCGCACCCUGCCCCUCGUAUCUCGCCCCCCUAUGCUUGGUUUCUCCCCUCCCUGCCCCUCGCCGCCUUUCUCCGCUCCCCACCUCCCCCCUCUCCCUGCUCCCCCACUCUCCCCCCCUUGCCCUUGGCUUCCUACCUCCCUGCCCCACCUUUCCCCCCUCCGUGUGCUCAGCUUCUCCCCUCCCUGCCCCUCCCUCCUCCCCGCCCUGCCCCUCAUUUUCCGCCCCCCCACGCCCGGUUUCUCCCCUCCCCGCGCCUCCCUUUCUUUCUCCGUGCCUCUCCUUUGCUCCCUCCCUGCCCCCGCCUGCCCAUGCCCCUGUCUUUGGCUUCUCCCCUCCCUGCCCCACGUUUCUUCCCUCCCUGCCCCCCCUCUGCCCCUCCCUUGUUUUCCCCUCACCCAUUGCUUCUCCCCUCCCUGCCCUUGAUUUCCCGCACCCCUGCCCUUGUUUCCUACCAUCCAUGCCCCUCGUUUCCCCCCUUUGUACGUUCAGCCUCUUCCCUCCCUGCCCCUCCCCUCCUCCCCCCCUGCCCUUUGCGUUCCCCUCGCUACGCUCCCUUCUCCCCAUCCCUGCUGCCCUCUUGCCACCAUCAGCCCAUCCGCACCACCAGCCCCCCUCCCACCCUUCUCUCCCCCCCUCCCUUUCCCUCUCUCUCUCUCUCUCUCUCUCUCUCACACACACACGCACACUCCCCUCCCCCACCCCCCACCCACGUCCUCCCAUUCCGCCCCUCCCUGCCCCUUUCCCACCCCCUCGCACGCCCCUCACCUCCCACCUCCGUGCAACUGGUUUCCCCCCUAUGGUGCCUCCCUUGCAUCGCUCGCCCCGCUGCUCACCCUCUGCCCGCCCCUUUUCCGUGCCCUCAGCUGGCCCAGCCCCUGCCCGUUGCUGCCCCUCCCCUUGCCCCCUCAACUCCCCUGCCCCCCGUACACCCCAGUCCCAUCCAACCGCCCCCACCCUCCCCCGGCUGCCCGUUUCCGCUCUCCACCCCCGCGACCUCACACCCCCUGCCUCCUCAUGCCAUCCGCUCCCCCCCGCCCCCACCCUCCGCGUGCCCGCUCCCUUGCCGCCUCUUUUGACCCUCCCUGCCCCCCUCGCCGUUUCCCACCGCCCGCCAUUCGCUCCUCCCCGCCCGUGCGCUCCCCUCGUUUACCUUCUCCUCCCCCCUCCCCUCCUCUGCUGCACGCCUCUUCCUUCCCCUCGCCGACCCACUCCACUCCCUGCCCCUCCUCAAUCCGCACCCUGCCCCUCGUAUCUCGCCCCCCUAUGCUUGGUUUCUCCCCUCCCUGCCCCUCGCCGCCUUUCUCCGCUCCCCACCUCCCCCCUCUCCCUGCUCCCCCACUCUCCCCCCCUUGCCCUUGGCUUCCUACCUCCCUGCCCCACCUUUCCCCCCUCCGUGUGCUCAGCUUCUCCCCUCCCUGCCCCUCCCUCCUCCCCGCCCUGCCCCUCAUUUUCCGCCCCCCCACGCCCGGUUUCUCCCCUCCCCGCGCCUCCCUUUCUUUCUCCGUGCCUCUCCUUUGCUCCCUCCCUGCCCCCGCCUGCCCAUGCCCCUGUCUUUGGCUUCUCCCCUCCCUGCCCCACGUUUCUUCCCUCCCUGCCCCCCCUCUGCCCCUCCCUUGUUUUCCCCUCACCCAUUGCUUCUCCCCUCCCUGCCCUUGAUUUCCCGCACCCCUGCCCUUGUUUCCUACCAUCCAUGCCCCUCGUUUCCCCCCUUUGUACGUUCAGCCUCUUCCCUCCCUGCCCCUCCCCUCCUCCCCCCCUGCCCUUUGCGUUCCCCUCGUUACGCUCCCUUCUCCCCAUCCCUGCUGCCCUCUUGCCACCAUCAGCCCAUCCGCACCACCAGCCCCCCUCCCACCCUUCUCUCCCCCCCUCCCUUUCCCUCUCUCUCUCUCUCUCUCUCUCUCUCUCUCUCUCUCUUUCUCACACACACACGCACACUCCCCUCCCCCACCCCCCACCCACGUCCUCCCAUUCCGCCCCUCCCUGCCCCUUUCCCACCCCCUCGCACGCCCCUCACCUCCCACCUCCGUGCAACUGGUUUCCCCCCUAUGGUGCCUCCCUUGCAUCGCUCGCCCCGCUGCUCACCCUCUGCCCGCCCCUUUUCCGUGCCCUCAGCUGGCCCAGCCCCUGCCCGUUGCUGCCCCUCCCCUUGCCCCCUCAACUCCCCUGCCCCCCGUACACCCCAGUCCCAUCCAACCGCCCCCACCCUCCCCCGGCUGCCCGUUUCCGCUCUCCACCCCCGCGACCGUUCACACCCCCUGCCUCCUCAUGCCAUCCGCUCCCCCCCGCCCCCACCCUCCGCGUGCCCGCUCCCUUGCCGCCUCUUUUGACCCUCCCUGCCCCCCUCGCCGUUUCCCACCGCCCGCCAUUCGCUCCUCCCCGCCCGUGCGCUCCCCUCGUUUACCUUCUCCUCCCCCCUCCCCUCCUCUGCUGCACGCCUCUUCCUUCCCCUCGCCGACCCACUCCACUCCCUGCCCCUCCUCAAUCCGCACCCUGCCCCUCGUAUCUCGCCCCCCUAUGCUUGGUUUCUCCCCUCCCUGCCCCUCGCCGCCUUUCUCCGCUCCCCACCUCCCCCCUCUCCCUGCUCCCCCACUCUCCCCCCCUUGCCCUUGGCUUCCUACCUCCCUGCCCCACCUUUCCCCCCUCCGUGUGCUCAGCUUCUCCCCUCCCUGCCCCUCCCUCCUCCCCGCCCUGCCCCUCAUUUUCCGCCCCCCCACGCCCGGUUUCUCCCCUCCCCGCGCCUCCCUUUCUUUCUCCGUGCCUCUCCUUUGCUCCCUCCCUGCCCCCGCCUGCCCAUGCCCCUGUCUUUGGCUUCUCCCCUCCCUGCCCCACGUUUCUUCCCUCCCUGCCCCCCCUCUGCCCCUCCCUUGUUUUCCCCUCACCCAUUGCUUCUCCCCUCCCUGCCCUUGAUUUCCCGCACCCCUGCCCUUGUUUCCUACCAUCCAUGCCCCUCGUUUCCCCCCUUUGUACGUUCAGCCUCUUCCCUCCCUGCCCCUCCCCUCCUCCCCCCCUGCCCUUUGCGUUCCCCUCGUUACGCUCCCUUCUCCCCAUCCCUGCUGCCCUCUUGCCACCAUCAGCCCAUCCGCACCACCAGCCCCCCUCCCACCCUUCUCUCCCCCCCUCCCUUUCCCUCUCUCUCUCUCUCUCUCUCUCUCUCUCUCUCUCUUUCUCACACACACACGCACACUCCCCUCCCCCACCCCCCACCCACGUCCUCCCAUUCCGCCCCUCCCUGCCCCUUUCCCACCCCCUCGCACGCCCCUCACCUCCCACCUCCGUGCAACUGGUUUCCCCCCUAUGGUGCCUCCCUUGCAUCGCUCGCCCCGCUGCUCACCCUCUGCCCGCCCCUUUUCCGUGCCCUCAGCUGGCCCAGCCCCUGCCCGUUGCUGCCCCUCCCCUUGCCCCCUCAACUCCCCUGCCCCCCGUACACCCCAGUCCCAUCCAACCGCCCCCACCCUCCCCCGGCUGCCCGUUUCCGCUCUCCACCCCCGCGACCGUGUGCGGCUUCCAACCGCCCAACGGUGGUGCGCACGGGGCGUUUCUUCGCACGGGCAAGCCUCCCCGGGGGGCCCCCACCCCGCUGAGUCGUUUCACACCCCCUGCCUCCUCAUGCCAUCCGCUCCCCCCCGCCCCCACCCUCCGCGUGCCCGCUCCCUUGCCGCCUCUUUUGACCCUCCCUGCCCCCCUCGCCGUUUCCCACCGCCCGCCAUUCGCUCCUCCCCGCCCGUGCGCUCCCCUCGUUUACCUUCUCCUCCCCCCUCCCCUCCUCUGCUGCACGCCUCUUCCUUCCCCUCGCCGACCCACUCCACUCCCUGCCCCUCCUCAAUCCGCACCCUGCCCCUCGUAUCUCGCCCCCCUAUGCUUGGUUUCUCCCCUCCCUGCCCCUCGCCGCCUUUCUCCGCUCCCCACCUCCCCCCUCUCCCUGCUCCCCCACUCUCCCCCCCUUGCCCUUGGCUUCCUACCUCCCUGCCCCACCUUUCCCCCCUCCGUGUGCUCAGCUUCUCCCCUCCCUGCCCCUCCCUCCUCCCCGCCCUGCCCCUCAUUUUCCGCCCCCCCACGCCCGGUUUCUCCCCUCCCCGCGCCUCCCUUUCUUUCUCCGUGCCUCUCCUUUGCUCCCUCCCUGCCCCCGCCUGCCCAUGCCCCUGUCUUUGGCUUCUCCCCUCCCUGCCCCACGUUUCUUCCCUCCCUGCCCCCCCUCUGCCCCUCCCUUGUUUUCCCCUCACCCAUUGCUUCUCCCCUCCCUGCCCUUGAUUUCCCGCACCCCUGCCCUUGUUUCCUACCAUCCAUGCCCCUCGUUUCCCCCCUUUGUACGUUCAGCCUCUUCCCUCCCUGCCCCUCCCCUCCUCCCCCCCUGCCCUUUGCGUUCCCCUCGCUACGCUCCCUUCUCCCCAUCCCUGCUGCCCUCUUGCCACCAUCAGCCCAUCCGCACCACCAGCCCCCCUCCCACCCUUCUCUCCCCCCCUCCCUUUCCCUCUCUCUCUCUCUCUCUCUCUCUCUUUCUCACACACACACGCACACUCCCCUCCCCCACCCCCCACCCACGUCCUCCCAUUCCGCCCCUCCCUGCCCCUUUCCCACCCCCUCGCACGCCCCUCACCUCCCACCUCCGUGCAACUGGUUUCCCCCCUAUGGUGCCUCCCUUGCAUCGCUCGCCCCUCUGCUCACCCUCUGCCCGCCCCUUUUCCGUGCCCUCAGCUGGCCCAGCCCCUGCCCGUUGCUGCCCCUCCCCUUGCCCCCUCAACUCCCCUGCCCCCCGUACACCCCAGUCCCAUCCAACCGCCCCCACCCUCCCCCGGCUGCCCGUUUCCGCUCUCCACCCCCGCGACCGUUCACACCCCCUGCCUCCUCAUGCCAUCCGCUCCCCCCCGCCCCCACCCUCCGCGUGCCCGCUCCCUUGCCGCCUCUUUUGACCCUCCCUGCCCCCCUCGCCGUUUCCCACCGCCCGCCAUUCGCUCCUCCCCGCCCGUGCGCUCCCCUCGUUUACCUUCUCCUCCCCCCUUCCCUCCUCUGCUGCACGCCUCUUCCUUCCCCUCGCCGACCCACUCCACUCCCUGCCCCUCCUCAAUCCGCACCCUGCCCCUCGUAUCUCGCCCCCCUAUGCUUGGUUUCUCCCCUCCCUGCCCCUCGCCGCCUUUCUCCGCUCCCCACCUCCCCCCUCUCCCUGCUCCCCCACUCUCCCCCCCUUGCCCUUGGCUUCCUACCUCCCUGCCCCACCUUUCCCCCCUCCGUGUGCUCAGCUUCUCCCCUCCCUGCCCCUCCCUCCUCCCCGCCCUGCCCCUCAUUUUCCGCCCCCCCACGCCCGGUUUCUCCCCUCCCCGCGCCUCCCUUUCUUUCUCCGUGCCUCUCCUUUGCUCCCUCCCUGCCCCCGCCUGCCCAUGCCCCUGUCUUUGGCUUCUCCCCUCCCUGCCCCACGUUUCUUCCCUCCCUGCCCCCCCUCUGCCCCUCCCUUGUUUUCCCCUCACCCAUUGCUUCUCCCCUCCCUGCCCUUGAUUUCCCGCACCCCUGCCCUUGUUUCCUACCAUCCAUGCCCCUCGUUUCCCCCCUUUGUACGUUCAGCCUCUUCCCUCCCUGCCCCUCCCCUCCUCCCCCCCUGCCCUUUGCGUUCCCCUCGCUACGCUCCCUUCUCCCCAUCCCUGCUGCCCUCUUGCCACCAUCAGCCCAUCCGCACCACCAGCCCCCCUCCCACCCUUCUCUCCCCCCCUCCCUUUCCCUCUCUCUCUCUCUCUCUCUCUUUCUCACACACACACGCACACUCCCCUCCCCCACCCCCCACCCACGUCCUCCCAUUCCGCCCCUCCCUGCCCCUUUCCCACCCCCUCGCACGCCCCUCACCUCCCACCUCCGUGCAACUGGUUUCCCCCCUAUGGUGCCUCCCUUGCAUCGCUCGCCCCGCUGCUCACCCUCUGCCCGCCCCUUUUCCGUGCCCUCAGCUGGCCCAGCCCCUGCCCGUUGCUGCCCCUCCCCUUGCCCCCUCAACUCCCCUGCCCCCCGUACACCCCAGUCCCAUCCAACCGCCCCCACCCUCCCCCGGCUGCCCGUUUCCGCUCUCCACCCCCGCGACCGUGUGCGGCUUCCAACCGCCCAACGGUGUCACACCCCCUGCCUCCUCAUGCCAUCCGCUCCCCCCCGCCCCCACCCUCCGCGUGCCCGCUCCCUUGCCGCCUCUUUUGACCCUCCCUGCCCCCCUCGCCGUUUCCCACCGCCCGCCAUUCGCUCCUCCCCGCCCGUGCGCUCCCCUCGUUUACCUUCUCCUCCCCCCUCCCUCCUCUGCUGCACGCCUCUUCCUUCCCCUCGCCGACCCACUCCACUCCCUGCCCCUCCUCAAUCCGCACCCUGCCCCUCGUAUCUCGCCCCCCUAUGCUUGGUUUCUCCCCUCCCUGCCCCUCGCCGCCUUUCUCCGCUCCCCACCUCCCCCCUCUCCCUGCUCCCCCACUCUCCCCCCCUUGCCCUUGGCUUCCUACCUCCCUGCCCCACCUUUCCCCCCUCCGUGUGCUCAGCUUCUCCCCUCCCUGCCCCUCCCUCCUCCCCGCCCUGCCCCUCAUUUUCCGCCCCCCCACGCCCGGUUUCUCCCCUCCCCGCGCCUCCCUUUCUUUCUCCGUGCCUCUCCUUUGCUCCCUCCCUGCCCCCGCCUGCCCAUGCCCCUGUCUUUGGCUUCUCCCCUCCCUGCCCCACGUUUCUUCCCUCCCUGCCCCCCCUCUGCCCCUCCCUUGUUUUCCCCUCACCCAUUGCUUCUCCCCUCCCUGCCCUUGAUUUCCCGCACCCCUGCCCUUGUUUCCUACCAUCCAUGCCCCUCGUUUCCCCCCUUUGUACGUUCAGCCUCUUCCCUCCCUGCCCCUCCCCUCCUCCCCCCCUGCCCUUUGCGUUCCCCUCGCUACGCUCCCUUCUCCCCAUCCCUGCUGCCCUCUUGCCACCAUCAGCCCAUCCGCACCACCAGCCCCCCUCCCACCCUUCUCUCCCCCCCCUCCCUUUCCCUCUCUCUCUCUCUCUCUCUCUCUCUCUCUCUCUCUUUCUCACACACACACGCACACUCCCCUCCCCCACCCCCCACCCACGUCCUCCCAUUCCGCCCCUCCCUGCCCCUUUCCCACCCCCUCGCACGCCCCUCACCUCCCACCUCCGUGCAACUGGUUUCCCCCCUAUGGUGCCUCCCUUGCAUCGCUCGCCCCGCUGCUCACCCUCUGCCCGCCCCUUUUCCGUGCCCUCAGCUGGCCCAGCCCCUGCCCGUUGCUGCCCCUCCCCUUGCCCCCUCAACUCCCCUGCCCCCCGUACACCCCAGUCCCAUCCAACCGCCCCCACCCUCCCCCGGCUGCCCGUUUCCGCUCUCCACCCCCGCGACCGUGUGCGGCUUCCAACCGCCCAACGGUGUCACACCCCCUGCCUCCUCAUGCCAUCCGCUCCCCCCCGCCCCCACCCUCCGCGUGCCCGCUCCCUUGCCGCCUCUUUUGACCCUCCCUGCCCCCCUCGCCGUUUCCCACCGCCCGCCAUUCGCUCCUCCCCGCCCGUGCGCUCCCCUCGUUUACCUUCUCCUCCCCCCCUCCCCUCCUCUGCUGCACGCCUCUUCCUUCCCCUCGCCGACCCACUCCACUCCCUGCCCCUCCUCAAUCCGCACCCUGCCCCUCGUAUCUCGCCCCCCUAUGCUUGGUUUCUCCCCUCCCUGCCCCUCGCCGCCUUUCUCCGCUCCCCACCUCCCCCCUCUCCCUGCUCCCCCACUCUCCCCCCCUUGCCCUUGGCUUCCUACCUCCCUGCCCCACCUUUCCCCCCUCCGUGUGCUCAGCUUCUCCCCUCCCUGCCCCUCCCUCCUCCCCGCCCUGCCCCUCAUUUUCCGCCCCCCCACGCCCGGUUUCUCCCCUCCCCGCGCCUCCCUUUCUUUCUCCGUGCCUCUCCUUUGCUCCCUCCCUGCCCCCGCCUGCCCAUGCCCCUGUCUUUGGCUUCUCCCCUCCCUGCCCCACGUUUCUUCCCUCCCUGCCCCCCCUCUGCCCCUCCCUUGUUUUCCCCUCACCCAUUGCUUCUCCCCUCCCUGCCCUUGAUUUCCCGCACCCCUGCCCUUGUUUCCUACCAUCCAUGCCCCUCGUUUCCCCCCUUUGUACGUUCAGCCUCUUCCCUCCCUGCCCCUCCCCUCCUCCCCCCCUGCCCUUUGCGUUCCCCUCGUUACGCUCCCUUCUCCCCAUCCCUGCUGCCCUCUUGCCACCAUCAGCCCAUCCGCACCACCAGCCCCCCUCCCACCCUUCUCUCCCCCCCUCCCUUUCCCUCUCUCUCUCUCUCUCUCUCUCUCUCUCUCUCUCUCUCUCUCUCUCUUUCUCACACACACACGCACACUCCCCUCCCCCACCCCCCACCCACGUCCUCCCAUUCCGCCCCUCCCUGCCCCUUUCCCACCCCCUCGCACGCCCCUCACCUCCCACCUCCGUGCAACUGGUUUCCCCCCUAUGGUGCCUCCCUUGCAUCGCUCGCCCCGCUGCUCACCCUCUGCCCGCCCCUUUUCCGUGCCCUCAGCUGGCCCAGCCCCUGCCCGUUGCUGCCCCUCCCCUUGCCCCCUCAACUCCCCUGCCCCCCGUACACCCCAGUCCCAUCCAACCGCCCCCACCCUCCCCCGGCUGCCCGUUUCCGCUCUCCCCCCCCGCGACCGUUCACACCCCCUGCCUCCUCAUGCCAUCCGCUCCCCCCCGCCCCCACCCUCCGCGUGCCCGCUCCCUUGCCGCCUCUUUUGACCCUCCCUGCCCCCCUCGCCGUUUCCCACCGCCCGCCAUUCGCUCCUCCCCGCCCGUGCGCUCCCCUCGUUUACCUUCUCCUCCCCCCUCCCCUCCUCUGCUGCACGCCUCUUCCUUCCCCUCGCCGACCCACUCCACUCCCUGCCCCUCCUCAAUCCGCACCCUGCCCCUCGUAUCUCGCCCCCCUAUGCUUGGUUUCUCCCCUCCCUGCCCCUCGCCGCCUUUCUCCGCUCCCCACCUCCCCCCUCUCCCUGCUCCCCCACUCUCCCCCCCUUGCCCUUGGCUUCCUACCUCCCUGCCCCACCUUUCCCCCCUCCGUGUGCUCAGCUUCUCCCCUCCCUGCCCCUCCCUCCUCCCCGCCCUGCCCCUCAUUUUCCGCCCCCCCACGCCCGGUUUCUCCCCUCCCCGCGCCUCCCUUUCUUUCUCCGUGCCUCUCCUUUGCUCCCUCCCUGCCCCCGCCUGCCCAUGCCCCUGUCUUUGGCUUCUCCCCUCCCUGCCCCACGUUUCUUCCCUCCCUGCCCCCCCUCUGCCCCUCCCUUGUUUUCCCCUCACCCAUUGCUUCUCCCCUCCCUGCCCUUGAUUUCCCGCACCCCUGCCCUUGUUUCCUACCAUCCAUGCCCCUCGUUUCCCCCCUUUGUACGUUCAGCCUCUUCCCUCCCUGCCCCUCCCCUCCUCCCCCCCUGCCCUUUGCGUUCCCCUCGUUACGCUCCCUUCUCCCCAUCCCUGCUGCCCUCUUGCCACCAUCAGCCCAUCCGCACCACCAGCCCCCCUCCCACCCUUCUCUCCCCCCCUCCCUUUCCCUCUCUCUCUCUCUCUCUCUCUCUCUCUCUCUUUCUCACACACACACGCACACUCCCCUCCCCCACCCCCCACCCACGUCCUCCCAUUCCGCCCCUCCUGCCCCUUUCCCACCCCCUCGCACGCCCCUCACCUCCCACCUCCGUGCAACUGGUUUCCCCCCUAUGGUGCCUCCCUUGCAUCGCUCGCCCCGCUGCUCACCCUCUGCCCGCCCCUUUUCCGUGCCCUCAGCUGGCCCAGCCCCUGCCCGUUGCUGCCCCUCCCGUUGCCCCUCAACUCCCCUGCCCCCCGUACACCCCAGUCCCAUCCAACCGCCCCCACCCUCCCCCGGCUGCCCGUUUCCGCUCUCCACCCCCGCGACCUCACACCCCCUGCCUCCUCAUGCCAUCCCGCUCCCCCCCGCCCCCACCCUCCGCGUGCCCGCUCCCUUGCCGCCUCUUUUGACCCUCCCUGCCCCCCUCGCCGUUUCCCACCGCCCGCCAUUCGCUCCUCCCCGCCCGUGCGCUCCCCUCGUUUACCUUCUCCUCCCCCCUCCCCUCCUCUGCUGCACGCCUCUUCCUUCCCCUCGCCGACCCACUCCACUCCCUGCCCCUCCUCAAUCCGCACCCUGCCCCUCGUAUCUCGCCCCCCUAUGCUUGGUUUCUCCCCUCCCUGCCCCUCGCCGCCUUUCUCCGCUCCCCACCUCCCCCCUCUCCCUGCUCCCCCACUCUCCCCCCCUUGCCCUUGGCUUCCUACCUCCCUGCCCCACCUUUCCCCCCUCCGUGUGCUCAGCUUCUCCCCUCCCUGCCCCUCCCUCCUCCCCGCCCUGCCCCUCAUUUUCCGCCCCCCCACGCCCGGUUUCUCCCCUCCCCGCGCCUCCCUUUCUUUCUCCGUGCCUCUCCUUUGCUCCCUCCCUGCCCCCGCCUGCCCAUGCCCCUGUCUUUGGCUUCUCCCCUCCCUGCCCCACGUUUCUUCCCUCCCUGCCCCCCCUCUGCCCCUCCCUUGUUUUCCCCUCACCCAUUGCUUCUCCCCUCCCUGCCCUUGAUUUCCCGCACCCCUGCCCUUGUUUCCUACCAUCCAUGCCCCUCGUUUCCCCCCUUUGUACGUUCAGCCUCUUCCCUCCCUGCCCCUCCCCUCCUCCCCCCCUGCCCUUUGCGUUCCCCUCGUUACGCUCCCUUCUCCCCAUCCCUGCUGCCCUCUUGCCACCAUCAGCCCAUCCGCACCACCAGCCCCCCUCCCACCCUUCUCUCCCCCCCUCCCUUUCCUCUCUCUCUCUCUCUCUCUCUCUCUCUCUUUCUCACACACACACGCACACUCCCCUCCCCCACCCCCCACCCACGUCCUCCCAUUCCGCCCCUCCCUGCCCCUUUCCCACCCCCUCGCACGCCCCUCACCUCCCACCUCCGUGCAACUGGUUUCCCCCCUAUGGUGCCUCCCUUGCAUCGCUCGCCCCUCUGCUCACCCUCUGCCCGCCCCUUUUCCGUGCCCUCAGCUGGCCCAGCCCCUGCCCGUUGCUGCCCCUCCCCUUGCCCCCUCAACUCCCCUGCCCCCGUACACCCCAGUCCCAUCCAACCGCCCCCACCCUCCCCCGGCUGCCCGUUUCCGCUCUCCACCCCCGCGACCUCACACCCCCUGCCUCCUCAUGCCAUCGACGCUCCCCCCGCCCCCACCCUCCGCGUGCCCGCUCCUUGCCGCCUCUUUUGACCCUCCCUGCCCCCCUCGCCGUUUCCCAACCGCCCGCCAUUCGCUCCUCCCCGCCCGUGCGCUCCCCUCGUUUACCUUCUCCUCCCCCCUCCCCUCCUCUGCUGCACGCCUCUUCCUUCCCCUCGCCGACCCACUCCACUCCCUGCCCCUCCUCAAUCCGCACCCUGCCCCUCGUAUCUCGCCCCCCUAUGCUUGGUUUCUCCCCUCCCUGCCCCUCGCCGCCUUUCUCCGCUCCCCACCUCCCCCUCUCCCUGCUCCCCCACUCUCCCCCCCUUGCCCUUGGCUUCCUACCUCCCUGCCCCACCUUUCCCCCCUCCGUGUGCUCAGCUUCUCCCCUCCCUGCCCCUCCCUCCUCCCCGCCCUGCCCCUCAUUUUCCGCCCCCCCACGCCCGGUUUCUCCCCUCCCCGCGCCUCCCUUUCUUUCUCCGUGCCUCUCCUUUGCUCCCUCCCUGCCCCCGCCUGCCCAUGCCCCUGUCUUUGGCUUCUCCCCUCCCUGCCCCACGUUUCUUCCCUCCCUGCCCCCCCUCUGCCCCUCCCUUGUUUUCCCCUCACCCAUUGCUUCUCCCCUCCCUGCCCUUGAUUUCCCGCACCCCUGCCCUUGUUUCCUACCAUCCAUGCCCCUCGUUUCCCCCCUUUGUACGUUCAGGCCUCUUCCCUCCCUGCCCCUCCCCUCCUCCCCCCCUGCCCUUUGCGUUCCCCUCGUUACGCUCCCUUCUCCCCAUCCCUGCUGCCCUCUUGCCACCAUCAGCCCAUCCGCACCACCAGCCCCCCUCCCACCCUUCUCUCCCCCCCUCCCUUUCCUCUCUCUCUCUCUCUCUCUCUCUCUCUCUCUCUUUCUCACACACACACGCACACAUCCCCUCCCCCACCCCCCACCCACGUCCUCCCAUUCCGCCCUCCCUGCCCCUUUCCCACCCCCUCGCACGCCCCUCACCUCCCACCUCCGUGCAACUGGUUCCCCCCUAUGGUGCCUCCCUUGCAUCGCUCGCCCCUCUGCUCACCCUCUGCCCGCCCCUUUUCCGUGCCCUCAGCUGCCCAGCCCCUGCCCGUUGCUGCCCUCCCCUUGCCCGCUCAACUCCCUGCCCCCGUACACCCCAGUCCCAUCCAAACGCCCCCACCCUCCCCCGGCUGCCCUCACACCCCCUGCCUCCUCAUGCCAUCCGCUCCCCCCCGCCCCCACCCUCCGCGUGCCCGCUCCCCUUGCCGCCUCUUUUGACCCUCCCUGCCCCCCUCGCCGUUUCCCACCGCCCGCCAUUCGCUCCUCCCCGCCCGUGCGCUCCCCUCGUUUACCUUCUCCUCCCCCCUCCCCUCCUCUGCUGCACGCCUCUUCCUUCCCCUCGCCGACCCACUCCACUCCCUGCCCCUCCUCAAUCCGCACCACUGCCCUCGUAUCUCGCCCCCCUAUGCUUGGUUUCUCACACUCCCUGCCCCUCGCCGCCUUUCUCCGCUCCCCACCUCCCCCCUCUCCCUGCUCCCCCACUCUCCCCCCUUGCCCUUGGCUUCCUACCUCCCUGCCCCACCUUCCCCCCUCCGUGUGCUCAGGCUUGCUCCCCUCCCUGCCCCUCCCUCCUCCCCGCUCCUGCCCCUCAUUUGCCGCCCCCCCAGCCCGGUUUCUCCCCUCACCCGCGCUCCCUUGUCUUUCUCCGGGCCUCUCCUUUGCUCCCUGCCCUGCCCCCGACCUGCCCAUGCCCCUGUCUUUGGCUUCUCCCCUCCCUGCCCCACGUUUCUUCCCUCCUGCCCCCCCUCUGCCCCUCCCUUUUUUCCCCUCCCCACCCAUUGCUUCUCCCCUCCCUGCCCUUGAUUUCCCGCACCCCUGCCCUUGUUUCCUACCAUCCAUGCCCCUCGUUUCCCCCCUUUGUACGUUCAGCCUCUUCCCUCCCUGCCCCUCCCCUCCUCCCCCCCUGCCCUUUGCGUUCCCCUCGUUACGCUCCCUUCUCCCCAUCCCUGCUGCCCUCUUGCCACCAUCAGCCCAUCCGCACCACCAGCCCCCCUCCCACCCUUCUCUCCCCCCCUCCCUUUCCCUCUCUCUCUCUCUCUCUCUCUCUCUCUCUCUUCUUCUCUCUCUCUCUCUCUCUCUCUCUCACACACACACACGCACACUCCCUCCCCCCCCCCCCCCACCACGUCCUCCCCAUUCCGCCCCUCCCUGCCCCUUUCCCCCCCCCUCGCACGCCCCUCACCUCCCACCUCCGUGCAACUGGUUUCCCCCCUAUGGUGCCUCCCUUGCAUCGCUCGCAUCGCCCGCUGCUCACCCUCUGCCCGCCCCUUUUCCGUGCCCUCAGCUGGCCCAGCCCCUGCCCGUUGCUGCCCCUCCCCUUGCCCCCUCAACUCCCCUGCCCCCCGUACACCCCAGUCCCAUCCAACCGCCCCCACCCUCCCCCGGCUGCCCGUUUCCGCUCUCCACCCCCGCGACCGUGUGCGGCUUCCAACCGCCCAACGGUGUCACACCCCCUGCCUCCUCAUGCCAUCCGCUCCCCCCCCCCCCACCCUCCGCGUGCCCCUCCCUUGCCGCCUCUUUUGACCCUCCCUGCCCCCCUCGCCGUUUCCCACCGCCCGCCAUUUCGCUCCUCCCCGCCCGUGCGCUCCCCUCGUUUACCUUCUCCUCCCCCCUCCCUCCUCUGCUGCACGCCUCUUCCUUCCCCUCGCCGACCCACUCCACUCCCUGCCCCUCCUCAUCCGCACCCUGCCCCUCGUAUCUCGCCCCCUAUGCUUGGUUUCUCCCCUCCCUGCCCCUCGCCGCCUUUCUCCGCUCCCCACCUCCCCCCUCUCCCUGCUCCCCCACUCUCCCCCCCUUGCCCUUGGCUUCCUACCUCCCUGCCCCACCUUUCCCCCUCCGUGUGCUCAGCUUCUCCCCUCCCUGCCCUCCCUCCUCCCCGCCCUGCCCCUCAUUUUCCGCCCCCCCACGCCCGUUUUUCUCCCUCCCCGCGCCUCCCUUUCUUUCUCCGUGCCUCUCCUUUGCUCCCUCCCUGCCCCCGCCUGCCAUGCCCCUGUCUUUGGCUUCUCCCCUCCCUGCCCCACGUUUCUUCCCUCCCUGCCCCCCCUCUGCCCCUCCCUUGUUUUCCCCUCACCCAUUGCUUCUCCCCUCCCUGCCCUUGAUGUUCCCGCACCCCUGCCCUUGUUUCCUACCAUCCAUGCCCCUCGUUUCCCCCCUUUGUACGUUCAGCCUCUUCCCUCCCUGCCCCUCCCCUCCUCCCCCCCUGCCCUUUGCGUUCCCCUCGCUACGCUCCCUUCUCCCCAUCCCUGCUGCCCUCUUGCCACCAUCAGCCCAUCCGCACCACCAGCCCCCCUCCCACCCUUCUCUCCCCCCCUUCCCUUUCCCUCUCUCUCUCCUCUCUCUCUCUCUCUCUCUCUUUCUCACACACACACCACACUCCCCUCCCCCACCCCCCACCCACGUCCUCCCAUUCCGCCCCUCCCUGCCCCUUUCCCACCCCCAUCGCACGCCCCUCACCUCCCACCUCCGUGCAACUGGUUUUCCCCCCUAUGGUGCCUCCCUUGCAUCGCUCGCCCCUCUGCUCACCCUCUGCCCCCGCCCUUUUCCGUGCCCUCAGCUGGCCCAGCCCCUGCCCGUUGCUGCCCCUCCCCUUGCCCCUCAACUCCCCUGCCCCCCCGUACACCCCAGUCCCAUCCAACCGCCCCCCACCCUCCCCCGGCUGCCCGUUUCCGCUCUUCCACCCCCGCGACCGGUGCGGCUUCCAACCGCCAACGGUGGUGCGCACGGGGCUCACACCCCCUGCCUCCUCAUGCCAUCCCGCUCCCCCCCCCGCCCCCACCCUCCGCGUGCCCGCUCCCUUGCCGCCUCUUUUGACCCUCCCUGCCCCCCUCGCCGUUUCCCACCGCCCGCCAUUCGCUCCUCCCCGCCCGUGCGCUCCCCUCGUUUACCUUCUCCUCCCCCCCUCCCCUCCUCUGCUGCACGCCUCUUCCUUCCCCUCGCCGACCCACUCCACUCCCUGCCCCUCCUCAAUCCGCACCUGCCCCUCGUAUCUCGCCCCCCUAUCUUGGUUUCCUCCCCUCCCUGCCCUCGCCGCCUUUCUCCGCUCCCCACCUCCCCCCUCUCCCUGCUCCCCCCCUCUCCCCCCCUUGCCCUUGGCUUCCUACCUCCCUGCCCCACCUUUCCCCCCUCCGUGUGCUCAGCUUCUCCCCUCCCUGCCCCUCCCUCCUCCCCGCCCUGCCCCUCAUUUUCCGCCCCCCCACGCCCGGUUUUCUCCCCUCCCCGCGCCUCCCUUUCUUUCUCCUGCCUCUCCUUUGCUCCCUCCCUGCCCCCGCCUGCCCAUGCCCCUGUCUUUGGCUUCUCCCCUCCCUGCCCCACGUUUCUUCCCCUCCCUGCCCCCCCUCUGCCCCUCCCUUGUUUUCCCCUCACCCAUUGCUUCUCCCCUCCCUGCCCUUGA